AUGGACUACCUAACUUCUAUGAUCAAGGCUUCUGAUGCUGCUCUACCAGCUACACUAUCGACAGCGGCGGAGAUUUCAUUUCCUAGCUUUGCCACCGUAUCAGAGGACAAUACCUUUGCUGAGAUUGCCAAAUUGGUGGAUACAAGUGCCGAAACGCCGGAUCUAACCAUCUGCCAUAGCGACACACCGUCACUGUUUGACAUAUCCGGCACAGCGAGUUUAUCACAUGCAGCAACUCCCGAGUCCAAGAGCCUAGGAUCUUCUGACAAUGGGUCCAUGUAUCCUUAUUAUGUGGAUCCUCUGUCGACUUACAAUCCCUUCAACUUUCCUUACCCUUUCGUGACUGGGCUCGGCAGUGCAUCUUCCCCUGUUCUAGCUUCCAUAGACUUUAGCAGCCCAGAACUGCUGACCGAAGCUGCCAAUGUUUUACGCAAACCCUACCUUUCAACACGGGAGAGGUCGUUUCAGCAGGGUUACUUGACAGGGAAAAUGUUAUUGAGCCAGAUGAUCGACUACACGCACCGAAUGGCCGAGGGCAAAACCUUGCCGCCGUUCAUACAUCCGCCCUGCUUUCUUAGCCAAGACAAUGAAUGUCCUCCAGAUACACCUCAUACCUGCCUACCUAAGAUUCUGGCAAUAUGCAGAACCAUGACUCAAAUGUUUUAUUCGCGCACUCCGGAAACAAACGCCUUCAUAUGGGACCAGAUAUACUCUCACCUACGUCAGAUGUAUGCCGAAUUUAGAAGUUAUGAUAAACAGAGUUUAUUACAUGCUAUACAAGCAGCUAUCAUAUACGGCUUGCUGCGAUCACAGUGCACCGAGUCAGUCGGGAGUGAAGAUUCUGGGUGGUUGGUCUUGGCUGUGGAGGCAAUGGCCCGAAGGCUAUUCAGCAUGUCUUCGUGGGCUAUAGACAUAGAAUACAUACAAUCCUCACGAAGUGGCUGGGUUUUUGCGGAAAGCAUGAGAAGGUAUGUUCUUUAA